UUAAGGUUAAUGGAUAGUUACAAGACGGACUACGUUUCUUGUCUGUUUGAUCAUCUGGUCUUUGUCUCUUUGUCUAAACUCUUUGUCUCCUAAUUUUCUUUCUGGAUCCAGAUUAACAAUCGGUAUCUGACUCUGUCUGUCUCUCUCUCCGAUUGUUUUGAGGAAGAUUUCGUUGCUGCUUCUAUGCCAACUUGUAGAGAACAUGGGAGAGUCUAAGGGGUAUGGGAAAGGAGGAGGACAAAUGAUUCCAACCGACAAGUCUGCAAAUUCUUACAACGUGUCCCUUAAGUUGUCUCCAGUUGUUUCUUUUUGGGAUUGUAUUGUCCGCACCAUGAGGUAUAUAUACCCGAUUGGGUGUAGUAGUAGUUCUUGACAUCCUUUCACCACCGCAGCAGAGAGUUUUAGUUCAGUUAUCUUAGUUAUAGAUAUAUAUAUAGAGAGAGAAAGCAAGCAAGUAAUGGAACAUCACGCGAUGUGCAAGCAAGUUCAGCCAUUAGCUAGGAAAGGGAAGAAGAUACAUAACGGUAAAGAUGAAUUCGAUCGUGUCAAACAAGCUGAGAAGAAGAAGAGACGUCUCGAGAAAGCUCUUGCUAACUCUGCAGCCAUCAGGGCUGAGCUUGAAAAGAAGAAGCAGAGGAAACUUGAAGAACAACAGAGGUUAGACGACGAAGGUGCUGCUAUUGCAGAAGCUGCUGCUCUGCACGUCCUACUGGGGGAAGAUUCUGAUGAUAAUUUCAUGCUUGGAGAGGGAAAGUGUUACAAGAUUGAUCUGUUUAGAGGUGAAAGAACCAACUAUGUUCCACGGCAAAGUUGCGCAAGCUAUGCGGUUCAAGGGAUUGGGUUUGACUCAAACGUUUAUGAACGUGGAGAUAGUAACUGGUCUGUGCCGCCAUACAAGCCUUUCAUGAGGGGUGCUUGGGACAUCAACAACAUGGGAGUAUCUGUGGAUUUGAUUGCUGCUCAGGCAGUCUCGUCGCUGCACAUAUCUGAGAACAAUGAUAGGAACGCUUUUGUCUUCUUUAAAUAAAAUGUUUCAGGGAUGAUUAUUGGCAGCUUGGUGCCAAAUACAGCUGCUAUUGUUCUGCUUUCUUUUCUUGUAACACUGCAAAGUUUGUUCGGAGUUGUACACACAUGAUACCAUUUUUAAUUGUCAUACCUAAUGUCACAAUUUUU